AUGGCUGCCCCAACGCGCGCAUCUCGAAUCCGCAAUCCCGCACUCUUUAUCUGCGACAUCCAAGACAAAUUCCGCAAUGGAAUCUACGAAUUUCCCAAACUGUACAAAUCCCAUAUCCCAAAACCACCCGAACCCAAAAACGCUAACAAACCAAACAGCGUCUCAACAACAGACAAAAUGCUCCGCGCUGCCUCAACCCUUCAAAUCCCCGUCUUCAUAACAACUCAAAACCGCGCCAAACUCGGCAACACCGUGCCAGAACUCCAACAACACCUUAACGGCCCACACAUCCGCGCCGACGUAGAUAAGACCCUCUUCUCAAUGAUAACCCCAGAGAUCGAGAAGUUACUCCCAGCCCCAGGUUCUGCGCCUCUAGAUGUGAUAAUCGUCGGGAUUGAGACGCACAUCUGCGUGACGCAGACGACGCUCGAUCUCCUCGAGCGCGGUCACCGUGUUUACAUCCUCGUUGAUGGAGUCAGCAGUAUUAACCCCGAGGAGAGGGGGGUUGCGCUUGCUAGAUUGAGGGAUGCUGGGGCUGUGGUUACAAGUAGUGAGAGUGUGCUUUUUGAGAUUCUUGGUGAUGCUUCGCAUGAGUCGUUCCGGGAUAUUAGUGGGCUUGUUAAAGAGACGAAGGAGAGUACGAAGGUGGCUUUGGGGGUUUUCUCGAAGAUUUAA